AUGAUCUCCAUCCACGCAUAUGGUUUGUUUUCCUUAACCGACAAAGUCCCCACAUCACUCAUGUCGAUUUUUGCUAGUGAACGUUUGUACGAUUUCUCGCGAAAUUUGUCUUUUUCUUCUUCACGUUUUCUUGUGCAACUUCUUGCUACUUCAAUAUUCCUUUUUGCCACUCUCUCCCCCCCGCCCUUGCUUCUUGGCAUUAGUUUCCUUGUCUUUUACAUCGACGACAUUUUCAUUUAUUCUUCUUUGCUUUAUUUUUUUCGAAACCGCAUUCAUUCCAUUCAUUUAUACGCAGCUUCUUUCUCUUCCUCUGAUUUUCUACUUUCCUUUUUAUUUUUCCCCUCUUCUCUUCUCUCUCUCUCUGAAUACCAUUUUCCUUUUUUCUAUUUCGCUCUCUUUCCCUCUGCGAAGUUUACUUUUCUCUUUCUUUAUACUCUUCUCUCUCUUCCCAUUUUACUUUCCGUUUUUUUUUCAUAUCUCUCUCUCUUUCCAUUCUACAUUUCUUUAAAUGUUUUUCUCUUCUCUCUCUUUUACCUUCUCUCUGCACAUUCAAUAUUUUAA